UAUAUAACAACAACAACACUGACAUAUCAGUUCCACAACUCACUCACUCACUCACUCACUUUCUCUCUCUCACUGUCGGCAAAACAUACUUCUUGGGGUAAAAUGCAGCUCUCUCUGGCCAUCAUCUUAGCCACGCUCUGCAUUUUCCUGCGGCUUCUGAAUAGCUCCUCCGCUCCAGUGACGACCAAUAGCCACGCCUCAAAGUCGCAUUGGCUUCCUGCAGUUGCCACCUGGUAUGGAAGCGCCAACGGCGACGGAAGUGAUGGAGGAGCGUGUGGGUACGGUACGUUGGUGGACGUGAAACCGUUACAUGCGAGGGUUGGAGCGGUGAAUCCUAUCCUCUUCAAAAACGGUGAAGGCUGCGGAGCUUGUUACAAGGUUCGGUGCUUGGACAGGAGUAUAUGUUCCCGGAGAGCCGUCACCGUCAUCAUCACCGACGAGUGUCCCGGCUGUUCAAAAACCAACACUCACUUUGAUCUUAGUGGCGCGGCUUUUGGUCGACUGGCUAUCUCAGGAGAAUCUGGUCCCCUCCGCAACCGAGGUCUCAUCCCCGUGAUUUACCGCCGGACGGCAUGCAAGUAUAGAGGGAAGAACAUUGCGUUCCAUGUGAACGAAGGAUCAACUGAUUUUUGGUUGUCUCUGCUGGUUGAGUUUGAAGAUGGAGAAGGCGACAUUGGCUCCAUGCAUAUUCGCCAAGCAGGAGCGAGUGAAUGGCUAGAGAUGAAGCACGUAUGGGGAGCCAACUGGUGCAUCGUUGGAGGACCACUCAAAGGACCAUUCUCCAUCAAGCUCACCACUUUGUCAGCCGGCAAAACACUGUCAGCGACCGACGUCGUGCCUAGAAACUGGGCUCCUAAAGCAACUUACACUUCCCGCCUUAACUUCUCCCCCGUCCUCUGAAAGCCUCAUAUACCUAUUCCUACUACUAUAUGUGUGAUGUUUUAUUUUGAAGAGUAAAUGGAGGGUGACUGCUGGCCGUAGGAUGGCAAUUGUAAGAGAGUCCAACAGGUCCUACGUUCUCUCCUCUUCCCCCUUGUGUUGUAGAUCUCUGUGUGCUGUGUGUGUGUGUGUGUGUGAGUGUGUAGGAGCCACUGUAGCCAUCUCCAAAGGGGAGAUAGAGCUAGGAAUAGUAUUCGGUGGUGUCAUGUUUCUUUUCCUAUCUAAUACUUGUCAUUUUCUCCUUCUAUUGGGGGACAUUGCAUGCUAUUUCAUCAUAUGAAUAUUUGUCACUUUCUCUUUUUAUUGUGGGGCAUUAUUACAUAAUAUAUCAUAUGACUA